UGUCGAGACUAUGCUUUGUACAGAUAUCAUUGCGCAAGGCGAACGUGCAUCUUUGAAAAGAAAGGGCGAUAUUGGGCACGAAAUUCCUUAUUUCUUAAAUUUCUCGACCCAUCAUUCAUAACGACUCUCAUUUCUGGAUGUUGCUUUACAGUAGUGAUUAUCGUUACAGGCUGAAAUUGCUGUAAUUUAUUAAUUGUUUACUUAUUGUUAUAAUUUUGUGAAGUUUUUUUUGUUUUUUAAUCUCCAGAAAGAUACCUAUAAUUAUUUUAUAAAGAAUUUGUUUCCAGCUCUUCUUGUAAUUAGAAUUCUCGAGGCCUAACACAGUAAACAACCAUUAUGAACACCGAAGAAUUUCGUAAAUAUGGAAAAGAAAUGGUCGACUUCAUAUGCGAAUAUUUAGAAACAAUCAGAGAUCGCAGAGUAACACCUUCGGUUAACCCGGGCUGGUUGAAGAAUGAAAUUCCUUCAGAAGCACCAUAUCAUCCAGAAUCAUUCGACGAUAUCAUGAAAGAUAUAGAAGAUAAAAUUAUGCCAGGGGUUACACAUUGGCAACAUCCGCAUUUUCACGCUUAUUUUCCUUCGGGCAAUUCGUAUCCUUCGAUUUUAGGAGAUAUGCUAUCUGACGCUAUUGGAUGUAUCGGAUUUUCAUGGGCUGCUAGUCCAUCAUGCACCGAAUUAGAAACGAUAGUAUUAGACUGGUUAGGCAAAGCUAUAGGUCUACCAGAUGAUUUUCUGUCAAUGCCACCCAAAUUAAUUGAAAAUGAAGAAAAUCAUUGUGAAGAUGAGAAAGAAUAUAGCAACGUUCCAAUGAUGCCAAAAGGAGGAGGAGCAUUACAAGGUUCGGCGAGCGAAUGUGUGUUUGCUUGUAUGGUUGCUGCAAGAGCCCAAGCAAUUAAAAGAUUAAAAACGAUGCAUCCGUUUGUCGAAGAAGGUGUACUGCUAUCCAAAUUGAUGGCCUACUGCUCAAAAGAAGCACAUUCAUGCGUCGAAAAAGGAGCGAUGAUGGCUUUUGUGAAGUUGAAAAUUUUAGAACCAGAUGAAAAAAACAGCUUGAGAGGCAUAACAUUAAAACAGGCAAUGGACCAAGACGAAGCCAUGGGAUUAAUUCCAUUUUUCGUUUCGACCACAUUGGGCACAACAUCAUGUUGCUCUUUCGACAAUCUACUCGAAAUCGGAGUAGUUUGUCAACAAUUCCCAACAGUAUGGUUGCACGUCGACGCUUCUUACGCAGGAAGCGCUUUCAUUUGCCCCGAAUUUCGCGGACUAUUAAACGGAAUCGAAUACGCCGAUUCAUUCAACUUGAAUCCAAAUAAAUGGCUAUUGACAAAUUUCGAUUGCUCGUGCAUGUGGGUAAAAGAUAGAAUCAAAUUAACAUCAGCUUUAGUCGUCGAUCCUGUAUAUUUACAACAUGGUUACGCCGGAGCGAUCGAUUACCGCCAUUGGGGUGUGCCAUUGAGUAGGAGAUUCAGGUCUUUGAAGCUAUGGUUCGUUUUGAGAAAUUAUGGAAUAUCUGGAUUACAAAAAUACAUCAGACGUCAAUGUCAAUUAGCUAAAAAAUUCGAAUCUUUUGUUCUCGCUGAUAAAAAUUUCGAAAUCACGAAUGACGUCAAGUUAGGCUUGGUGUGUUUUCGUUUGAAAAAUGAUCCAUCGAACAGACUCAACAAAAAGCUCUUGGAAUUGAUCAACGAAUCGGGAAAAAUUCACAUGGUACCAGCAACCAUACAUGGGAAAUUUGUUAUUAGGUUUUGUGUAGUUGCUCAGCAUGCAACUGAAGGAGAUAUGGAAUAUGCUUGGAGAGUAAUUAAAGAACUAAGUGCUGAAAUAUUGUACACCGAGGGUGAACAAAUCAUCGAAAGGAAUGAGGAACAAUCCGACGAAGUAUUCGAAUUACAAGAACGUAAAAAGAAAGAUCUGGCAUACAAGAGGUCAUUUUUCGUACGAAUGGUCAGUGAUCCCAAAAUUUAUAAUCCAAAAAUUGCUGGAGCAUCUCCAGGGUCUCGUCGUCAUACUCAUGUCAGUUCCUUAGAGGAUGAUUAUGAACGACAUAAACGGUCGUUAGAUAUUGAGGAGGAAGAAGAGGAAGAGGAAGAAGAACUCGCGACGCCAACAAGUGCUUCAUGGAUCAGCUGGCCGUUGGCAUUCUUGUUUCAAGGAGUGUUUGAUGAAAAUUCUGGCAAAACUAGCGACGUCCCUGUGAGAUUCAGACACUUAGCAGCCAAAGUACAUUUCAAAUCAAAACGAGAAAAUAAUGCUCGAAAAUCACCUUCGCCAGAACGAUUCGCCAUCGAGGAAGAAAAAUCGCCUAAAAAUUCACCAUCCCAUAGUAAAAGGAAACAUUUAUCACAACAUAAUCAUCAGACGAAAUGAAUCAGAAAAUAAUUUAUUUUAAAAACUGCGACGAAAAAAAAUCUGAAUCCUGCCAAAUGUUGUAUAACGUUAAGAGAUACCUAUUUAAACACAGCUUAUUGAUACAUACAAUGCUAGUAUAUACAGUCAGUUUAAAAAUAGAACGAUUCCAUAAUUAGGUAUUUCAUUAUCGAGUGUAUCUGCUAAUUAAGAGUAAACGUUUAAAAACGAAUAUUACGUAUUUAUAAAAAAAAAAAAAUACAAAAUAAUAAGCAUUUCAGAUUGAUUAUGGUACGUAUUUUUAUUUUUAUUCUUUUUUUUUUUUUUUUUUUUUUU